CACCUCGGCCCGCCCCACCUUUCUUGCCGCCCCUGCACUGCACGCCUCCCCGUGCUCGAUCUCGGUGCUCCACGCCACCACGUCAUGGCUCACGCUCGCUCCAGCCACCGCCGCACGGGCCUCCUCCUGGCCAUGGCCGUCGUCGUCGUGGCGUCGCUUAUCGCCGCCGCGGACGCGUCCAGCUUCGGGUUCGACCUCCACCACCGGUUCUCCCCGGUGGUCCGGCGGUGGGCGGAGGCCCGGGGCGGCCCUCUCGCCGCGGACCAGUGGCCGGCUCGAGGCACGCCGGAGUACUACUCCGCGCUGUCCCGCCACGACCGCGCCCGCCGCGCCCUCGCUGGCGGCGCCGACGACGGGCUCCUCACCUUCGCCGCCGGCAACGACACCUACCAAUCCGGAACGCUGUACUACGCGGAGGUGGAGCUGGGCACGCCGAACGCGACGUUCCUGGUGGCGCUGGACACCGGCAGCGACCUCUUCUGGGUGCCGUGCGACUGCAGGCAGUGCGCGACCAUCCCCAGCGCCAACGGGACGGGGCAGGACGCGCCGUCGCUGCGCCCCUACAGCCCGCGGCGGUCGUCGACGAGCAAGCAGGUGGCGUGCGACAACCCGCUGUGCGGGCAGCGGAACGGAUGCUCCGCCGCGACCAACGGCAGCUGCCCGUACGAGGUCCAGUACGUGUCCGCCAACACGUCCUCCUCCGGGGUGCUGGUGCAGGACGUGCUCCACCUCACACGGGAGCGCCCGGGCCCCGGCGCCGCCGGGGAGGCCCUGCAGGCGCCCGUCGUGUUCGGGUGCGGGCAGGUGCAGACGGGCGCGUUCCUGGACGGCGGCGGCGGCGCCGUCGACGGCCUCAUGGGGCUCGGCAUGGGCAAGGUGUCCGUGCCCAGCGCGCUCGCCGCCAGCGGCCUCGUCGCGUCCGACAGCUUCUCCAUGUGCUUCGGCGACGACGGCGUCGGCCGCGUCAACUUCGGCGACGCCGGCAGCCGCGGCCAGGCCGAGACGCCGUUCACCGUCCGGAGCUUGAACCCGACGUACAACGUUAGCUUCACGUCCAUCGGCGUCGGCAGCGAGUCGGUGGCAGCGGAGUUCGCCGCCGUCAUGGACUCCGGCACGUCCUUCACGUACCUCAGCGACCCGGAGUACACGCAGCUCGCCACCAAAUUCAACUCCCAGGUCAGCGAGAGGAGAGUGAAUUUCAGCAGUGGCUCUGCAGAUCCUUUUCCCUUCGAGUACUGCUACAGACUCAGCCCUAACCAGACAGAGGUGGCGAUGCCGGACGUGAGCCUGACGGCCAAAGGGGGAGCCCUGUUCCCGGUCACCCAGCCGUUCAUCCCCGUCGGCGACACGACCGGCCGUGCCGUCGGCUACUGCCUGGCGAUCAUGAGGAACGACAUGGCCAUCGGCAUCGACAUCAUCGGCCAGAACUUCAUGACCGGGCUCAAGGUCGUCUUCGACAGGGAGAGGUCCGUCCUGGGCUGGGAGAAGUUCGACUGCUACAGGAACGCGAGGGUGGCGGACGCGCCGGACGGGAGCCCGGGCCCGAGCUCGGCCCCGGCGGCGGGGCCGACCAAGAUCACGCCGCGGCAGAACGACGGCAGCGGCAGCGGGUACCCCGGCGCGGCGCCCCUGCCGAGGUCUGCCGGCUCGCGCAACGCCGCCGCCGCGCUGGGACUGGGAUGCCUCUACCUGCUGCUGGCCGCAGCGCUUGUCUGACACCGCCGGUGACUGGAUCGUUUUCGUGUACAGACAUAGAUACUGCUCCCGUUUCGGUUCAGAGUUCAGAUGCAUAGAAAAUCAUUCGUUGUAGGCUAAUGGGAUAGGAUAAAAAUUUUGCUGAUCGAUGUGGGUGAUACGAUGUUACUCAGUGGCUGAUGGAAGCCAUUUCUGAAUUCUGGAAUUCUACGAACGAGGAAUAUACCAAUAAAAGCUAUUUUUUUA